GUAUCCUCAUAGCCAGUUGUAUAUUCCUCGUGCGUGUGUGUAUUUUUAUGUUAGGAAUUAUAUUCAACGGUUCUGUUGAUGUUUAAGUAAUGGGAAAGAACACCAUUUUGGUCUCUAAGCUUGACUAACAUGCUUAGUGAUAAAUCGGAAUGUCUGAUGUCAAUAAUCGAAUGGAGAGCCAGACGCUAGCAAUGAAACGGAACAGAACAUCAUCAAGAAACCCUAAGAUGGAGCGCUCUCGAAGCGAAGAAGAUAUGUCAAGUAGUGAUGAGCCAGAUCCUAAGAGGCAAAAGAGGGAUAACCUUGGCUCAACAACACGCAAGAGAGAAUCAAACUUGAAAAAUGUUUUGGUGUUGACGAGCCAUGAUGUGCGCAAAAAAGACGGUAAAGUCUAUAUGCCGAACACCAUAGAGAUGGCUCAACUGAAGAAGCCCGAACGAGGGCAAUUUAAAACGAAGAUUAAGUUUCCUAAGACUAUGACAGGAAAGGAUGUGGAGGAAGAGCUCCGUCGCCAAUUCCUGGUUUUGAAAAAAGAUGGAAGAUUUUACUGUGGAACACUUGUGGAGAAUAGAACAAGAAUGGAGUUCCAUGACAACCCUCCAACAGUAUGGGAUGGAACCAAGAUUAACAGGCGUAUAAGGGGGAAUUCUGCCCUUUAUGUAUAUUUUGAGGAAACUCCUGAAUUAGUCUUUGAAAGACCAGAGGCUCAAACAGUUGACAGUCUUAAACAACAACUGCAGACACCCAUGCAUGAACAAAUGGGUUCACCUCCAUCUUAUUAUUCAGAGAAGCUUAGAGGUUUGAAAAGACAACAUGAUCCCAGCUCUUCACUUGUACCAGAGGUAGUGUCAAGUACAGGGGCAAGUGUGAAGGAGCCAGUACGAGAGGGUACUUGCCAUGAAGGUAGCAAAGAAGGAGAGCAGCAAUCUCCUCAGGCGCAACUAGGAUAUCACGGAGACAACUCAACCGCAGGCCUCCUUUGCAAUUCAGGCACCUUUCAAAAAACACAAAACCAACAAAUUGGUCUGAAACAAAGUACUGGAGAAGAUCACUCUAAGGAACCCCAAGUGAUUACUGAGGACUCUGCAUAUGAAACUGCUGCAGGGGAUGCAUCUGAUGUUGAUGACAAGACGAAGCAUUCAAAAGGAAAAAUUGAAGAAGCACGUAGUGGUGUUGUGGCAAGAAUUGAAGAUUAUUUGCAAAAUUCCAAAGUGGGCACUUCAGAAGAAUCAAGCCUGGAAGAGAUUGAUUCAAUCAGGAUUUCCCCUCAUGAUCAGAUUAACUUGUCCGAAGGAGAGUUAAACGAGAUUUAUCAAGAUGUCUUGGGAAUCACCUUGUUUGAGCCAGUGAUAACAAAACUGUGCCCCAAAGAAGGCCCCAUAACGGGUGGUACAGAGUUUGUUAUUUGCCUGAAUGUAAAGGGUAUUCCAGAAAAUGUCACAUCACUGAGAGCUCGAUUCGACGGGGUUGGAUUUGCAGAUUUAACACAAGUUGCUACAGGUGUCUACACUGGGAAUAGUCCAGCUUCUGUAACUCUUGGGAAGGUCGCCGUUACCGUGAGUUCUCUAGAUGAUACAUGGAACUCGCCCGAUGAAACGGAAUUUGAAUACCAUCCGAAUGUUACCCAAGAACUCCAAAAGCUGAUUAGUAAGAUGCCUGAUACAAAGAGAAACAUACCACUGGACGACCAAACAUUAAAUCCUUCCCGUUCAGCAGGAACAGUGUGCAGUUCGUCUUCCUUCUCGUUUUAUGCUGGCGAUAUAUCAUCGUUGGCAGAUGAGAACCAGGACAAAUCGUCACUGAAAGCUCUACGGUGGAUAGUAUUCGCGGCCGCUGCAACGAAUGACCGCAAAUGUGUUGAAACAAUCUUCAGGACGUCAGCUGGAGAAGCAGUUUUUCAAACAUACAGGAAUAGCUCUAUCUUGCCAGAAGACACUGCCAGAGCUAGGGGACAUCAAAACUUAGCAGAAUACCUUCAAAAUGUUCACAAAAGGUUGUCAAAUGAAAUCGAUUGUAAUGUUCAGACUGUAACUAUUGAUUGGGUAGAACUCAAGCGUGCAACUGCUGAGAAGAACAUUUGCUCAGGCGCUGAUGAAUUCCAGCCAGUGGGAGAUUUGGAACCCGUGAGUUUUCUGGAAAGUGAUGACGAUGAAAGUAGCUACUUCGCGGACGAUGAGACAUCAGAUUGCCAGUCACCGUCUACCAGCGAAUUUUCGAAUGAGGAUCAGUACGUUGAAUCAAAAUGUACUGAUGAUGCCGAAGUGUUGAAGCAUUUCAGAAGUGACGACGAUCAUGGUGAUCAGUUCGAUGAAUUAAAACUUUCUUCACAUAUCUCCGCUUUGGAUAAAGUCUUUGACUCCGCGAAUCAAGUUAUAACUGCAAAAGGGUCAAAAUGCAAGUCAAUGGCUACCUCGUGGGAGUAUACUGAGGAGCAGUUGAAUUACUACAGGAUCUGUUACAUUGUCACCGAUGUGCUAACUGAAGGCCUUCGAACAAUCUUCAAACAAGAAUGGGACAAUCGCUACAAGGCAACUCUGGGAGAAUGGAAAGAUGAACCGAAAAAUGGAAUGGACUUUGAGAGCCAUGAAUCCCCACGAAACAGAAGAAGAAACGCCCAUCUCUUGAAAACUAUGAUCGAUGGUGACAGAGCGGAAUGGGAUUGUACCAUGUUAUUUUAUGCCAUUCUUUAUUCCGAUUGCAUCUGCAGUCUCCAUCCAGCUGUUCAGUCAAAUGUGGAUGAUCUCAGAAAAUUUCGUAAUGAAGACUUUGCGCAUAGACCACGAGGCUUCCUAUCCAGCAGAGAUUUUCAAGAUGAUAUUUUAAAGGUGAAUACUGCAUUUCACGCACUCGGUCUCCCCACUCUACAAAUCCGUGCAAUCCAAACUCAGACAAGUUUCCCCACGAAAGAGUUAAGAAAUCGUGGAGCCGAGCACGUUGAUGUCGCAACGUCUUGCGAUAAUCUGGGUUUUGUAUGCCGUCAGCUGGGUGACCUAAAGCAGGCUAAAGAUUGUCACGAACGUGCUCUGGAUAUUCGCCGGAAACAGCUGAGUCCUGAGCAUCUUAAUUUCGCAACGUCUUACGAUAACCUGGGUCUUUUACAUCAGCAGCUGGUUGACCUAAAGCAGGCAAAAGAUUGUCACAAGCGUGCCUUGGAUAUUCGCUUGAAACAGCUAGGACCUCAGCAUGUUGAUGUCCUAACGUCUUACGAUAACCUGGGUCUCGUACAAAGUGAGCUGAGUGGCCUAAGGCAGGCAAAAGAUGGUCACGAGCGUGCCUUGGAUAUUCGCUUGAAACAGCUAGGACCUUAG